UUAAUCUUUAUUUCCAAAUACUACUGAAUUCAUGAAAUUAUAUGUACAAAAGUCAGCGGUUUACGAUUCACAAGCCGGUAUUCGGUUGGAGUUCAUAUGGCGUCAUCGAAUGAAAACAUGGUAGAGGUGUACUGGGUAUUGAAGUGCGGAUUUCAAUUCAACAGCUAAAAAACGUUAAUCGCUCUAAUUAUGUGAGAGUAAAUUGUUUGAACGGAAUAUUUCGGAGGUUGAAAUUUAACGGAGGCAGUUUUUCCCCGAUAAAAAGCCUUUCCGCUGCAAUGGUAACAAUAACGAAAUUGGUGCUGAUUACAGUUAUUUAUGGUAAAUUUACUUGUACCGAUUAACUAUCUGUGAAAUCUGAUUACCGAAUUUGUAUUAAUGUUUUGCAAAUGGAAAAGCAAUAUCAAGUAAAUUGUUGGUAACCUAUGAGACAAUCGAUCGAUAAUACGCUGUAGCUUAAUGUUUGGCAUACAUUUAAUUCAAUUUCGGUAGAUUUGCAGUUUCUACACGAACAUUUUUAAUAAAUGUAUUAUUUAAACAAAGAAUAUCAGUUAUUGAUCAUAAUUAGAUGUGAACAAUUAUUUUAAAUAUUUAUUUGUCUAUAAAUCUAUUUUGUGCAUUAUUUUGUAACACAGUUAGUAUUAUUGAAACAAUUCAGCUCUUUCAGGUAUUUUUACUCCUGUAAUAGCAUCUCGUGUAGUUGAGCUAAGCGAUAGAAUUUUGGACAUUCAUAAAGAUGGACAAUGGCUGAUAAUGAUAAUUUUCUUUGCAGAUGUAUGCACCUUGGUGUGUAUAUUGUAAAAGGAUAGAACCAAUUUGGACUCAUGUGGCUCAACAUUUACACGCAACAUCAAUACGUGUAGGACGUGUUGACGGCUCUAGAUUUACAAGUGUCACUCAUGCUUUUAAAGUUACAGGAUUUCCAACUAUCCUAUUCCUGAAAGGAGAGCAAGAAUUUGUAUAUCAUGGAGAUAGAACGCUAGAUGAAAUAGUAAAAUUCGCAUUAAGAGUAAGCGGUCCACCCGUUCAAGAGAUAACGAAAACUCAAAGCUUCGACACAAUUAAAAAGGAACGUGAUCUAUACUUUUUAUACGUUGGUGAAAGAUCCGGGAUAUUAUGGGAAUUCUAUCACAAGACUGCAGACAUGUUCCAGCCACACGCGUUUUUCUAUCAAAGCCAUCCAAUGGUUGUUAAUAAACACGCUCCAGUAGAAAAAGUCCCAGCGUUAUUCGUUUAUAAGGAAAAUGUACAUUAUAAUUUUAGUGGUCACGAUAUAGAAGAUGUAGAAAAGUUAAAUGAGACAGUAUACAAAUGGAUAAAUGCAGAGCGUUUUCCGACAUUCCCAAAAGUAACGAGCGGAAAUAUAAAUCAGCUUUACCUGACAAAUAAGAAUUUAGUUUUGGUAGUAGUUGAAGAAAAUCAACUGGAAGAAGUACCGCCGCAUAUGUUACGAUUUAAAGAUAUGGUAGAAUCUAUAAUAAAAAGUAAACGACAUAAAUACCACGACCAUUUUCAGUUUGGUUGGACAUCUAGUCAUGAUGUAGUCAAUAAAAUAGCAAUGACGGUUUUACCAUUGCCAAGUUUAAUCGUGAUUAAUACUACAACAAAUCACCAUCAUCUUCCGGAGGAUGAAGCGGAAAAACUGACUCCUUAUGUGAUAGAGUUGUUCCUAGAGCAAAUUCGAAAUGAAAGUGCUCCGCGAUAUGGUGGAAACAGUUUAUUAAUACGUAUAUACAGGUCAUGGUUUGAAAAGAAAACAGGUCUUUUUGCAUUAUGGAAGAGUGAUCCUAUUUUAACAAUGGUCUUGUUCGGUUUACCAGCAGGAUUUUUAUCAUUGAUUUGUUAUGGUACUUGUGUCCCGGAUAUUUUGGAUGCAGACGAUGAUGAAGACGAUCAACCAGGAGCAAAUCAUAUGAAGAAAGAUUAAAGACGUAUUAUCGUAUUGUUUC